GCGUCGCCUCGCACGGCCCACCCUUCUCGCCUCGCCUCCCUCGCCGGUGCGCUUCGCCAGCAUGGCCUCCGUGCCCUGGAUCCCGCCGGCGCCCGGCUCCAUCCCCGCGCCGCCGCGGCCCGAGUACGCAGACCGGCACACGCAGGGCAACAUUGCCGAUGUGCGCUCCACGCACCUGCACCUCGACUGGCGCGUCGACUGGGAGGCAAAGACGCUUGCCGGCAGCGUCGAGCAUACCCUGCUCGUGCUCAAGAACGGCACCGACGCGCUCGUGCUUGACACUAGCUACCUCGACAUCCAGCAUGUCGACGUCGAGGGGCGCAAGUGCGACGCCUGGAAGCUGGCGGAGCGCAAGCCUGCGCUGGGCAGCGCACUGACCAUUCCCAUCGGCAAGCGCAAGGAGGGCGACAAGCUCAAGGUGCUCAUUCGCUACAGCACUACUGCCAAGUGCACUGCGCUGGGCUGGCUGACUGCUGAGCAGACGGAGGGCAAGAAGAUGCCGUUCCUCUACUCGCAGUGCCAGGCGAUCCACGCACGCUCCAUCGUGCCCGUGCAGGACUCGCCCUCUCACAAGCUCACCUACACGUCGCGCGUGCAGUCUUCGAUUCCCAUCCUCAUGUCUGCGCUCGCCGCCGGUCGCAUCGAGGCGACCGAGACGCACCCCGGCGACGCCGUCUCGGGCGAGCUCGAGUCGGGAGAGAAGGUGUAUGAGUUCAAGCAGCCCAUCGGCAUCCCGAGCUACCUGAUCGCCAUCGUCGGCGGUGACCUCGUCUUCUCCGACUUGGGCCCUCGCGUCGGUGUCUGGGCCGAGCCGCCGAUGGCCAAGCGUGCGGAAUGGGAGUUCAAGACCAACGCCCAUCGCUACCUCACUGCUGCCGAGGAGACGAUCAGCCCCUACUCAUGGAGCCGCUUCGACUCCGUCGUCCUGCCGCCGAGCUUCCCCUACGGCGGCAUGGAGAAUGCGAACCUCACGACGCUCACGCCGAGCUUGAUCUGCGGCGAUCGUUCGCAGUGCGAUGUGCUGCUGCACGAGCUGUCGCAUAGCUGGUCGGGCAACUUGACGUCGUGCGCGACGUGGAGCGACUUCUGGCUCAACGAGGGCAUCAACGUCUGGAUCGAGCGUCUGCUCCUCUCCAUCGUGCACGGCCCCGAGGCAGGUCCGGCGCAUCGCGGCCUGAGCUACAUCAUGGGCUCCAAGGCCCUCGCCGAUGCCUUUGAUCAGUUCAAGAACAACACGCGCUUCCGCCGCCUCGUUCCCGUCUAUCACGCAGGCGAGGAUCCGGACGAUGCAUUCUCCAGCAUUCCGUACGAGGCUGGCUCAAACCUGAUUCUGCAUCUUGAAGAUCUCGUUGGUGGCCUUGACCUCUUCCUUCCCUUCAUUCGCUCGUGGUUCAAGACCUUCUACGACCGUUCCGUGACGACGCAGGAGUUCAAGCAGCAUCUGAGCGACUACUACGCGAGCAACGAGGAGAUCAGCAAGAAGAUCAAGGCGAUCGACUGGGAUGCUUGGCUGCAUAAUGAGAGCGGCAAGCUGCCGGUCAAGAUGGAGUACGACGACACGCUCGCUGUGCAGGCGUUCGCACUGGCGGAGCGGUGGGAGAAGGUCAAGGGCAAUGACACGGAGGGCUUUGGCAAGAAGGACAUCGAGGGCUGGACGAGCGACCAGAAGGUCGUCUUCCUGGAGCGGCUGCACCUCGGCCCGCACAUCAGCGCAGAAGUCGCCUCGGCGCUCGACAAGCACUACGGCUUCAGCUCCGAGACGAACGGCGAGAUCCUGCUGGCGUUCUUCCUUGUGGCGCUCGAGGACAAGAAGACGCAGUACGCAGAGAAGUGUGCGGCCUGGGUGCCGACGGUCGGCCGCAUGAAGUAUGCGCGCCCGCUGUACCGCUCGCUCUUCCUCAUCAAGCCGGAGCUUGCGCGCGAGACGUUCGUCGCCAACCGCACCUUCUACCACCCCAUCGCCGCCGCGCUGAUCGAGAAGGAUCUCGGCCUCAGCUCAAUGUCAACUGUAAAGCCAUCGCGGCACGUCGUGACCAUCAUCGGCUCAACGGGCACGGGCAAGUCGCAGCUGGCCGUCGAGGUGGCGCAGGCUCUGCAGGCGCGAGACGGUCGCUUCGGCGCGUACGACGGCGCAGAGGCCGUCUCGGCUGACAGCAUGCAGAUGUAUCGCGGCCUCGACGUCAUCACGAACAAGGCGACGCGCGAGGAGAUGCAGGGCGUCAAGCAUCACCUCAUGGACUUUCUCGAGCCCGGCGAGCAGUACACUGUGGGCGAGUUCGUGCGCGAGGCAGGCGCGCUGAUCGAGUCGUGUCAUGACGAGCGCAAGGUGCCAAUCGUGGUUGGCGGCACCACGUACUACGUUCAGCAUCUGCUCUUUCCCGGCCGGCUGGUCUCGCUGCAGCGCAAAGACGAGCAGCGCUGGAGCGACGACGAGGAAGCUCCGCCGGCGUUGAGCGCCACUGCCGCCGCUGCUCUGCAGCAGCACUUGUCUGUCCUCACAGAAGAGCAGCAGCAAGCAUGGGCGGCGCUCGCCGCCUCGCGUCCGGGUAAGCUGCCAGAGCACGUCGGCGACGCGGCGCUGUGGGGCCUCCUCGACACGCUCGAUCCCGCCAUGGCUCGGCGCUGGCACUGGCGCGACACCCGCAAGGUUGGGCGCAGCCUGCGUGUCCUUCUUGAGACGGGCCGGCGUCACUCGGAGUGGAUCGAGGAGCAGCAGCGACAGGACAGCUCGAGCAGGAGAGCUGAAGCCGUCAAGGACGCCGGCGGCGCCGCGGCUAAGCAUCUUGUGCUGUGGGUAUGGUGCGAGCCUGAGACGCUGCAGAGACGCCUGGCUGCCCGAGUCGGAAAGAUGGUCGAGCGCGGCCUGCUUGCCGAGAUCCAAGAGCUGCGGACCAAAGGCGCCGACGUCGACUACACUCGCGGCAUCUACCAGGCAAUCGGCUACAAGGAGUUCGCCUCAUUCCUGGCGCACUGCGACGGCGGCAGCACCGACGACGCCGAGGGCAAGCGUCUCUUCGCCCACGCGCUCGAGCGCAUGCAGAUCGGCACGAGGCAGUACGCCAAGUACCAGACCAAGUGGAUCCGCAACACGCUCGCGCCCGAGGUCGCCGAGGCGGACGAGGUCGACUUCUUCUUGCUCGACGCCACUGAUCUGUCCAGGUGGAAGGAGAACGUUGGCGGCCCGGCGCUUGACCUAGUCUCGAAGUUCCUCAACGACGCGCCUCUGCCCGAUGCCCGCAGUCUCAGCGCUGCAGCAGCCUCACAGCUCCCGCAAGCACCGCGCUCGCUGGCCGAUCCGCUCGGUCGCAACGCCAUGGAGGUGUGCACGGUCUGCACCAAGGACGCAGCCACGCCCGUACUUGUGCGACUGGACGACAUGCAGGCGCACAUCCAGACGCGCUCGCAUCGCCUUGCCUCGCGCUCGACACAAAGAGCGGCACCGGAUCCAGAGGUCGUGGCGCGGAAGCGCGAGGAACGCAGACGGGUGCGCGAGGGCCUGUUGACGGCACAGGCAGAAGAGCAAUGACAUAGUGAGAGCGUGAGAGC